AUGGGAAAUCAGCAGUUUGAAGCUAAUGAGUCUCAAACCAACAUCACACAAUAUUACCAAAAAAUGCUCAAUUAAAACAAAGAAAACAUCCCUCACCAAAAUCAGAGCACUCCGAAAUUGCUGAGUGCAGAAAGUCGAAACAAAUUGAGACCCACCUCUAAAAUCAAUCUGGAUAUGAAAUUGUGUUCCAAAUCUUCAGAAAAAUCGCUUCCUGGUGUAUCAUAAGUAUGGUUUCAUGAUUUAAAUUAGAAAAUGUUUUAAGAAACACCAGUGGUGAGAAAUCCCCUAGAGAAAUUACAUAGGAAGAGAAGCAGUACAAAAAUUGUUUAAGAGAAUGAUGAAUCUCAUAUACAAUUAUUGGAUCUUCUAAAGAACAUGGUCAGACAUCAGGAUUCAACAAUGCAGAGUAGUCAAGUCAAAGUUACAGAAUAAUCCUGCUAAGAAUAUGAUAAAAAGAAACUAAUAAUUGAUUCAGAUUAAUUUUAUAAACCAUAAAUAGAAGAUAGACCGUUAUAGUUUAACAAUAGAAGAAGAUCUAAAACAUUUGAGGAAUCCUUUAGAACAUUAAUAUCAAAUGAAGACAGAUGUUAACCUUUGAAAUUAUAUAGAAGAGAAAGCAAAGAAGAAGAAGCUCUAUAGUUUAUUUUAUAGAAUUGCACUUAAACUCAAUCAAGAAUUGAUCAAUAAAUUUCAAAUAGUAUAACUUUUGAAUCUUUGGAAAGUGAUUGGUAGGCGUUAACUAAAAAGAAUUCCAAAUAGUUAGAGACUCCUGGAACUGCUUAAUUUCAAGGGUUAAAUAAAGAUGAUAAAAUGUUCGAACUCUCCACUUCCAAUUUUAUUGAAUAAAAUAAUGAUGACAUAUAAGGUUCCAGGAGACCAUCUUGCAUAGAAUCCACUUUUCUCAUCCCUAUGGUGUUACAUUCACAAAAUAGUUUGGAUUUCGAUGAUUCCAAAGAAGUGUAUCAAAAUUCCAAACCUGCUCAACCCUAUGAAUAUAAGAAAAGUUAGAUUCCAAAGAUGAAUGGAUUGCUAUCACAAUAAUAGUCUCUUCAUUAAUUGAAUAAAUUGGAUUGCAAAAUCAAUUCAACCAGUAGAAAUGUGGCUUAACCUAUGAAAAAGAUACUCUAAACAUUAGCCUCUGGAUUACCUAACAAAGCCCCAUUCAAACAGAAAUCACUUCAUUAACAAUCUGAUCAUUCUCUCUCAUUGCCUUUAUAGAUGAUCAAUUCCAAAAUGGGUUAUAGAUCGAAUUUGAGUUUUGUCCAGAAUGUCCCUCAAUCUUCAUUGUCCUCCAAAAAUGGAAGAAAUCAAUUCGAUUCAAAAACAUUUAAGACGAAACCCCCAGUGAUCCAUCCUGAAGAAUAAUGGUUAGCCAAUUCGAAAUUGGAAUAUAAGAAAAUCAUGCUUAUUUUAGAUGAAUAACAACAAUAAUAAUAAUAGAUCUAGAAUUUCAGCAUUUAAAAUAAAAGUGAAAUGAUCUCAAACACUUUCAACAGUUCAGACAUUAAUUGUUCAUAGAGAUUCUAGUUAGAUGAUAUUAAUUUCAAACUUAAACCUCAUCUUGAAGAUAAGAACACUUAAACUCAAUUAAAAGAUUUGUAGUAGAAUUUCAUAAACCGAUUAUCCUAACCUAAAAGUAGAUGCAGUUCGAGAACAGCAGAAAGCAACCCUUAUUGGAAAUUGAGAGAAGUAGAUCAAUCAAAGAGAUCCAAAAGGAAAUGA